GAGCUACAAGAAACAUACGGGUCCUUCUGAUCUCUGUCUGGCGACCCGUCGCCAUUAGUGCAGUCUGAUUUCGACCGAUAUAUUUUUUUGGCCUAAAUAUUUAAGACGUUGCGUUUGGGGACUUGUAUUAAGUGCCCAACGCCUUUUUGGAGGCAUACAGCGUUGAUCUAACGUGGAAGGAGCGCGUUUUAGGGGUGUUGGCCCCGCGUGGCGAGCUUUCGUCCUCACCUCUACAAUCCUACCUAAGUUGAGACGCCGAUAUCGUGUCUCUUAUUUUUUUCUCGGUUUGUUUUGUUGCAAAGAUGUCGCCGUGAUGGGGUCUCCGUGUUUGAUAGAAAUGAUUCAGGGCCGUUGCCGCCUGACCCGCACUCACUGCAGCCCAUUUUCUUUGGUUUUUCUGUUUGAUGCUCGAGAGCUCAGCGGCUCUCAGCUCGGAGCUUGGCCUUUCCUUUGCUCACCGCACGGAGACCAACAUGGAGAAAAAUCCCAACAACAACACCAGCAGCAAGGUUCCGCCCCGUUCCAGCUCUACAGGCCCGACAGCGGGCGACUCUAAACCCAAAGCAGAAAGUAAAAAUAAUGGAGGCUCAAAGCGGUAUAACCGCAAGCGGGAGCCUUCUUUCCCCAAAGCGGACAGCUUCCACAGCGGUCCACGACGCCCCAAUACACAGAAAGGCAAAAGUUUUGACAAGAGACCCUCUCAGAGAGGUGGAGGGCGCCAGUAUGGCGUUACAGGUGGAGGACGACGUGAGGAGGUAGCAGAGACGCGCCGGGCCGAGUUUAGCCCGGCUCAGUUUGCUGGACCUAAGAAAAUAAGUUUAAACCACCUGCUGAACUUCACGUUUGAGCCUCGUGGUGGUGGUGGUGGUGGUGGUGAUGUAGGCCCCUCCUGUUGGGGGCGCCGCAACAAAUGGGGCCACAAGCACAAGCCCUUUAACAAGGAACUAUUCCUGCAGGCAAAUUGCCAGUUUGUAGUUGCUGAUGACCAGGACUACAAGGCACAAUUCACUGAUCCAGACACUCUUGUUAAUUGGGACUGUGUGCAGCAAGUGCGUAUUUACAGUCAUGAGGUGCCAUCUUGCCCCAUCUGCCUCUAUCCUCCAGUGGCAGCUCACAUCACUCGUUGUGGGCACAUUUUCUGCUGGCCUUGUAUGCUGCACUACUUGUCUCUUAGUGACAAGAGCUGGUCAAAGUGCCCAAUCUGCUACGAAGCAGUUCACACUGGUGAUCUGAAAAGUGUUGUUGCAAUGGAGACCAGACAGUAUAUGGUUGGUGAUGUCAUAACAAUGCGCCUGAUGCGGAGGGAAAAGGGAGCAUUGGUAGCACUGCCCAGCUCACGGUGGGUGAAGGUGGAGGAGCCUGUCCGCUAUGGAGAUUCAUGUCUCAGCGCCUACUCUAAGCUGCUGCUGAUCUCUCCUGAGCAGGCCUUGGAAAUGGUAGGAGAGGAAAAGGCUGCACUGCACUCUCAGCUCAGCCAGGAAGAUGACUCUCAAGGAUGUUUUAUCCAGAGUGCUCUGUUGCUUUUAAAGGAAAGGGAGGAGGGAUUGUUGCAGCAGCAGAAAUCAAAUGCGGGUGACACUUUUGACUUGUCGUCUCUGACUGUUGAAGAACCACCUUCUCCAAUUGAAGAAGUGAUUAAGAGUAGCAACAGCACUAAGCCAGUGCUGCAGUACGCCUCAGCAUUUGACGAUGAAGUGUUAGAGCUGCCAGAGGAUGACUCUGAGCAGCCACAGCUCCCUGAAGGCGUUUUGGAGAGUGUUUUGGAGGAUGUCCCAGAGGAGAUCCUGGAGGCUGCAACAGAGACUGCACUUGAACUGACCGAGGACUUCACUGAGGAUCCCCCUGUGUGGCAGCCUGACACAAGCCACACCGCAACUAAUGUGGUGCAUGGACCCUACUACUAUUUCUAUCAAGCUGACGACUGCCAGCAGAUGUUCUUGCAUCCUGUGAAUGUACGUUGUCUGCUGCGUGAAUAUGGGAGUCUGGAAGCCAGCCCUGACACAAUCACUGCUAAAGUGGUAGAGAUAGUAGGGCACUCAGUCACUGAGGAUAUCCGUCGUAGACAUCGUUAUCUGGCCCAUUUGCCACUCACGUGUGAGUUCAGUAUCUGUGAAUUGGCCUUGCAGCCACCAAUAAUUUCCAAAGAGACUUUGGACACUUUUGCAGAUGAUUUGGAAAAAAGAAAACGUCUGAGACAGAAGAAAGCGAGGGAUGAGAAGCGUCGUGAAAAACGCAUUGAAAUUGAGGAGAAUAAGAAGCAGGGGAAAUACCCAGAAGUGCAUAUUGGACUAGAAAACCCACAUCAUUUCCCAGCCUUUGGGUCUCCUCCAUGCAACAGCAGCCUCCCAGUCCAACCUGACUUUACUUUUGCUCCUCCCUCACCCCUCAGCAGCAGUCCUCCCGCUGAUGGGAUGGUAUUUCCAAACCUGAAUGGUCAAAGCCCCUCUACACCUGUUGUGGGAAGUGUGGAGGAGGACAACCACUGCAUGUCCUUUGCACAGAUGCUUAAAGACGGAAAGGCCAGAGUUGAUUCUGGACACAGGAUGCCUUCAAAGAAAGAUGCGCUGCUGGCUCCACCUGCUGCAGAUAGCGAUGGAGAGAGUGACAACUCUGACCGUGUCCCAGUGCCCAGUUUUCAAAAUUCUUUCAGCCAGGCUUUUGAGAAAGCACUUCUGGAGCUAGACUCUGUUCCCGUUUCUUCCCCCCAACCUCUGGUUGGACAAGAUGAUAAAGGAGGCAAGAAGAAAAAGAAAAAACAGAAGCUUCUUUUCAGUACAUCAAUGGUUCUAGCUGGUAUACAUAUGGCUGCUGAGGUGGAAGUCCAGUCUGGAGAGGUGGGGAGGUCUGGGGGGCGCCUGCACCUUAGUCCACUCAUGGACUCAAAUAAUAAAAACUGCCUGGAUCUGUCCACCAUGAACCAGUCUCAAUUCAUCAGUCCUGAACCAAGCAAACCUGUCCCGGGCCCCAAGCCACGUCUGACCCCCAAACCCUUUGCUGUUGACAGAAAUCCCACAAUUAAACCCAUACUUGCCCCCAAACCGCAACCAAAGCCCCGUCCAGAAUCCACUAGUACACCUGGAUACAAACCAGAUCUACCUAGUACCCCAAAACCUCAAACACCAUCCACAACUAACCAACCUAAACCCACUAUGACCAAUUCCACCCGUCCCACUUCAACAACUUUCAAAACCUCCAAGUUAAAUACAGGGCAAACUACCAAGCCAGUUGCUCAACCUUUUAAAGCAGCGCCUCCUAUCGCUGGUGAUCCAAGUAAGCCAAUAUCCCCUUCUCCAAAACCUUUAGAUUUGACUUACUCGAGAAGCCUUAAAAGACCACCCUCCGCAGAGUGGUCUGGGUUGACGAAAAGGGAGGAGGGUGAUUUGGAGUCACCUAAUAAAGUUGGGACAUCAAUUACAAGGGCGAAAUCUAUGGGGUAUCUUUUACAAAUAGGACAAGAGGAAAACGAUAAGACCAAAUCUGAAACAUCUGUUUUGCUUAGACCCCAGCCCAGAGGCAUCAGGCAGAGACCGGUAUCAGCAAUUUUCCCAAUGAGUCCAACCAAAACUGAUUCACCAAAUUCUGCUUUCCCACGGACUGAAAGAAGACCUCUGUCAGCAGAUCUAACUUCCAAAUUUGAGUCUAUGGGUCUUUCUUUGCACCAUACAACCCCAAAAGAAAAUGAAAAUACUCCAGAUGAAAAUUUGCAAAAGAGAGAGCAAGAGAAAACAGUCAAGACAACACUUCAAAAUACAAAUGCUACAACCAUUAAAACAGACCAAUGCAAUGACAAUGUACAAGCAAAAGAUGCUGAGGAAACCCGUGGGGCUAGUAUCAAAUCAAGAAUUAGCCUUCUGCUUGAUUCGUCUUCCCAAGUGUCAUCUGCCACGGGACAAACUCUGGAUACUGAAGCUGAGCCUGCAGUAGGGGUCAAACAGCUCAUUAAGCAGCUCACUGUGGACCAAAUCACCCCAAAUCAGAGCCCUGUGUUAAAACCAGCCCUGAAACCACGCCCCCUGCCCCUUGACCUAACCAAAAGGUUUUCGCCUGAUCCUGCGUUUUCUCCAAAUGACACUACAGAUCGCCAUGACACCAGCAAAGCUCUCCAGAGGAGGGGGGAAGAUUCAGCCAGGACACCUAGUGAUGAAAAGACAUUUGUGGAUUUAAAAGACUUCCCGGAUCAAAUGAAAACACCUAUGUCUGAGAGGCCUGACUUGAUGUUGUCUCCAAAGGAAAGCGAAGCCCUGACAGUUCGAGCUUCUGUGUUUGAAAAUGUCAUAGAAAAGCACAAUGUUUUGAUGGUGGAUGAAAAUAAAAAUGAUAAACCAAUACUUGAUAAAACCAAUGAAGAGGGAAAGCUUGUCACUGCCACCUACAAGGAGCCGAUAUCGCCGUCAGGGCCAGUUUGUAUAGUGCAUGCAUUUGACACUGUCCCAGCUGCAGAGGGGAGCACAGUGAUCAGUGAAAACAUCCCAUCUGCCCAAUGGGAGGACAAAGCCAUGACGCUACGUUUAAGGCGCUCAGAAGGGACAAAAACCACACCUGACAAAACAAGUCCAGAACCAAUUUCAACUGCCCCGAGAUAUCUACGAGUGGGGGCCCUGCCAAAAUGGACCUUAGAUGAUGACAUUGAUAUGGAGACAGGAAUGCCAAAAGAUAAACCAAGAGAUUUUGAGGUAGAGGAUCCAUCUGCUGCCGCUGCUAAACGCUUGAAGACACAACAGACAGAGGAACAAGCAAAACCAAGAGCGACCUAUUUUGCCUUGACUGGACAAAUGCAGGAAACACUCACAACCACAUCGGUCGCUGCAGAUAAUGUGUCUUUUUCUGACCCCUUUGCCCAGUUGAGUUCCCAAGGGAACGUUUUACCGUUUAAAAGGAAUCCAUCUUUAGAUGAAACCUUUAAUAAAAUAUCUGAAAGUGAUGCUGAUAACAUUCCCAGUAAAUCAAAUAUAGAGGCUCAAAGUGAAAAGCAAAAACAACUUCAAGUGGAAAGAGAGGCAGAGUUAGAAUAUGGCAGAUUGAAGGAGAGGGAGAUGCAGCGUGAGUAUGAAAAGCAGCGGCAGAAAGCAUUUGAGAAAGAGAAGCAGGAAUUUGAAGAAAAACAACGUGUGCUCGAGAUCCAGAAGCAGAUCGAGCUGGAACGACAACAGCAUCUCAAAUUUGAAAAACAAAGACAACUUGAGCUCAAGAGACAGAGACAACUUGAAAUGGAAAGGCAGAAACAAUUAGAAGUGGAGAGGCAAAGGCAAAAUGAAUUGGAACGGCAGAAGCAGGUGGAAGUUGAAAGGCAAAAGCAGGCAGAGCUCGAGAGACUAAGGCAAAUUGAGUUGGAAAAGCAGUGGCAGAUAGAGCUUGAAAAGCAAAGACAGCUUGAGCUAAAAAAGCAGAAGCAGGAACUUGAAAGGCAGAAACAACUAGAAUUGGAGAAUCAGCGACAAAUAGAGAUGCAGAGGCAACGGCAGUUAGAAGCUGAAAAACAAAGGCAGAUGGAGCUGGAGCGACAGAGGCAACAGGAGCUGGAGCGACAGAGGCAACAGGAGCUGGAGCGACAGAGGCAACAGGAGCUGGAGCGACAGAGGCAACAGGAGCUGGAGCGACAGAGGCAACAGGAGCUGGAGCGACAGAGGCAACAGGAGCUGGAGCGACAGAGGCAACAGGAGCUGGAGCGACAGAGGCAACAGGAGCUGGAGCGACAGAGGCAACAGGAGCUGGAGCGACAGAGGCAACAGGAGCUGGAGCGACAGAGGCAACAGGAGCUGGAGCGACAGAGGCAACAGGAGCUGGAGCGACAGAGGCAACAGGAGCUGGAGCGACAGAGGCAACAGGAGCUGGAGCGACAGAGGCAACAGGAGCUGGAGCGACAGAGGCAACAGGAGCUGCAGCGACAGAGGCAACAGGAGCUGGAGCGACAGAGGCAACAGGAGCUGGAGCGGCAAAGACAAAUGGAGCUGGAGCUGGAGAGGCAGAGAAAUAUUGAACUUGAAAAGCAGCGACAGACAGAGCUUGAGAAACAGAAGCAAAUAGAAGCUGAACAACAUAAACAAAAAGAGAUAGAAAGGCAUAAGCAAAUUGAACUUGAAAAGCAAAGGCUAAUUGAGCUUGAGAGACAAAAAUUGCAGGAGAUGGAAAGAGAAAAACAACUGGAGCUGGAGAAAGAGCAACAGUGGCAGUUGGAGAAGGAAAGGCGCGAGUUGGAGAAGCAAAGGCAUCGUGAGGAGGAGCGACGUCAGAAAGAGUUAGACAGAGAGAGAAAACUCCUGGAGAAGCAAAAGGAGAGGCAGAGGAUGCAGGCUGAAGCAGAGGAGCAGGAGAGAAGGCGGGAACUUGAACUGCAGAAGCAGAGAGAAAGGCAACAGGUGCUUGAGCUGGAGAAACAGAGGCUCAGAGAGAAAAUGGAAAAGGAACAGGCAGAAAAGCUCCGUCAGAUGGCUCUAGAGCAGGAGAUGCUGAGGCUGAGAGAGGUGGAGAAAGAGAGGGAGAGACAGAAGGAGCUGGAGAGAGAGAUGGAAAGAGAGAAGCAGCGGGAACAAGAACUGCAGCGACAAAGAGAGUUAGAGAAACAAAGGCAAAAGCAACUGGAUAUAGAGAGGCAGGAGCUUGAGAAGCAGAGGAUCAGACAACAAGAGCAAGAGAAAGAGAGACAAAGAAGGGAGGAGCUGGAGAGGAGGCAGCUGCAGGAGUUUGAGAAGCAGAAACAGGUAGACAGGCAGCAAAUACUCGAGCUGGAGAAACGCAGACUUAAAGAGAAGAUGGAGAGGGAGGAGGCAGAGAGGAUGAGGCAGAUCGCCAAACAACAGGAGGCUGAAAGACAACGCCUCAAAGAGAAAUUGAAGAAAGAGGAGCAGGAGCGCAUCAGGCUGGAGUCUGCAGCUCUCAGACCCAAAGUUGUGGAUCUAGACUCUGUUCUGAGAAAUGAGCAGUCCAAAGGCUCGCCUCGUGGAGACCCUUCCACACGAUGGAAGGAGCCAUCGCUUAAAUCUGAGCAGAACCUCAGACCAGGCAUCCUGGACAUAGACUCUUUCAAUACUCUGAGUCAGCCCUCCCCCACUAGAGACUUGUUUCCAGUGGCUGGUAUUCAGGAAGUAAACCCACGAGUACCAAUUCCGCCACAAAACACAGCAGGCUUACAAAGUCCUGUUUGGACUACUUCUCCUCAGGAUCCGUGGGAACUGCGGUCUGUAGAGAUGUCUGUGGACAAACCAGAACAACCCAAAAAAUCUUUGGGCAAAACCAGCUUAGAGCAGCUGCUGCUGAGGCAGGAGGAGCGCUGCCAGGCCCCUCAGAGGCGCUGGUCCGGUUUUGUGGUGGAUGACCCGUUUCAGAUGGGACCAUUCUCUGGACUUGAAACCAAACCUGCAGCAAAUACUUCUGCAGUCUCUAUAACCUCUCCCUCUGAGCAAGUCUGGCUCCACAAAGAAACACCUCAAGGGCAAAGCCGGGCUGAAGGGCAAAGCCGGGCUGAAGGGCAAAGCCGGGCUGAAGGGCAAAGCCGGGCUGAAGGGCAAAGCCGGGCUGAAGGGCAAAGCCGGGCUGAAGGGCAAAGCAGGACUGAAGGCCCAAGUCAGAGGAGGACCCAGGGCUCUACGGAGCUGAACAGGAUCCGAUCCCGCAGCAUGUUAAGGCGCUCUGCUCCUUCUAGCAGUGCGGUAGAGAGCAGUUUGUCCAGGAUGAGGAGCCGCAGUGCCCACAGAGACCAGGUCCGAGACGGCUUGGUUCAACAAAAACAAGAUGGAAGCACAGAAGAUGAGUCAAAGGACCAUGAGACCGACAGUCAGUACGGGACCUGGGAGACAGGACUGCGUUCUGAAGACAGCCUAACACCAGCCACGCCGAGCUCUGAAAGUAACCUCAGCCCCUCACACGUAAAAGCCACCUCACCACAAACUCCUCACCUGGACACAGAUGCUAUCGACGGUGUCCCACCCUCCUCUGAGCUGCUGCCUUUCCCAGAUGCUCAAGUCACCUUGUUAGACAAUAGUGCUCAGCGUUCACGUGCUCAGCUGGGAAAGAAGCGUGCUCCCCGGACCCGACCGUCCAGAGCUGCUAAACAGACUCCGGCUGAAGGAGGGGCCUCUGACGACUGGAUCUACAAAGACUCCACAGAGGAGAAGGUUGAAAGCAAGAGGGAGGACUCAGACUCCGAAGAGCAGCACAGAGGAUCCGACGCUGGUCCCAUUGCUGCCCCCUCUCAGCCUCAGAGGGUCGCCCUGUUUCCUGGAAUGGAUCAGUCCGCUUUAAUGGCUCAGCUAAAGAAAAGAGGUGAAUCUGACAAUCAGACAGAUGGUUCUACCCCUACUCCGUCUCAUCUGUCCCGCUCUCCCAAGUCACCUUUCCUUCCUCGGGCCACUCGUGUACUGCCCCCUCCUGGUGGAAAGGAAAAUGGUGAGGAGGAUUCGCCCCAGUGGUUGAAAGAGCUGAAGUCCAAGAAACGCUUGAGCCAAUAUGAAAGUGAAAGCUAAUACAUAUUCAGAUUGCCUUAACAGAGAAUAUAUGUAAAAAAACAAAAAACAAAAACAAAGCCUUAAAAGUUUGACCCGGGAUCCAAGAGGGGUAACUAUUCUGCUGCUCAUGUAUUUUACUUUACGCUCUGGUCCUGCUGAGGUCAAAAUAAAUGUGCAUGGUGCCUUUUUAUAUGAAAGUCUUGUGGAGAAAUUAUACAAAGACAAAAUACAUCUACCUACUCUGAUUGUCUUGUCAAUGGGAGAUUCUUGGGAUAGACUGAAGAGCAUAAAUUACAUAAUGGGACCACUACAACACCUCUUUCAUAGGAUAGGCUUAUUCUGAUGGACAGUUUCAGUUCAUUUACUUGAUUAGUCCACACUAAAUAAUACUGUAUGUGCAUAAUUGUGGUUGUUAGUUGCAGUCAUAAACACAUUGCCAUAGGAUUACACUGAAAAUAGAGAACAAAAAUCCCUGUAGACGUGAUUGUCUGCAGGCCUGUAUCAUACUGUAUGUUAUAAUCAUGAGAGGUUAUAUUUGUAUCAGAGUAAAUAAAGUCAAAGCUAGUUUUGAAUGAGCUAGAUGCAAAAAUAUUAUAGAUUUUCAUUUUAUUUUGUAACACUCCAGAACAGUGUCAGUUGCUGCAAACUGUAUAUUAAUUUACUUCUCUGAGUUGAAGAUGGAUAUGAGCUCUGUAUGGCCAAGUGAAAGUACAUCUGUCAAUCAUGCACACUCCUUGUUAGCACAAACAUUAUCAAUCAAACAGUGCUAUUUAGUUGCAGCUAAUUACAAAUAUUAAGCCAUACACCCACUCCAAAGUAUCUUCUGGUAAACUUCAAUAUAUGUUCAAUUUCUUGUCUACUUUCUUUUCCAAAAAAUGUACAAUGUCUUUGUCUUGUCUGCGUGCAUGCACAAUCCUUCAAUCAGGAAAUGCUCAAUUUACAAGUGCAGAGUGAAGCUUUGCUGGUUUACGUGUGUGGACUAAAGGGUUGUACAGAAAAACACCUUAUAUCCAAAAUUGGCAAUUGUGAGAAUAUUAAUGGUAUGGAAUUAUUUGGAAAUGCCACUUUGACAUGGCUGAAGAAUUGGGAUGGGAUGAGAUUGUGGACUUAGUCUCGUGUCUCGUCUUGUGGGAAUUGUAUCCCAGCACUACUAAAGAAGCGAAAUUGUAUAUUUAUUACUCAAGAUCUAAAUCAAUGUGUAAAUAAAAUGAACCAAAAUUGUAACAAGGUACUUCUUAACAAUACAAUCGAAUAAAAUGAUCUCUGACACUUGCCAAAAUCCUAAUAUUAUUGCGAUGUAUUCCUAUUGAGUUCUCUAAUGUUGUAAUCUGCCUGUAUUAUCCAAACUCAUUCAAUUCAAGUUUCAAUUCAAGUUUAUUUAUAUAGCACAUUUAAAAACAACCUCAGAAAAAACAAACAAACUCAUGACAAUUUUCAAUCAACUACAUUGCAAUUAUAAAUCAUUGCACCACAUCCAUCCUCUUGCAAAAUACUAUCUGUCUCUUUACUCUGUGUCUUCAAAGCACUUUGUCACUUGAUGCACUACAGCACUGAUCGGACCUGUCGAUUUGGCCAUGUCUUGUCUCCUAUAUUUGGGUGAAUGCAUUUCUCCCUGAUAUAACUGUGUACAAUAGGUUUUACUUAUAUAAAUGUGAGGGUUUAUUUUUAUGUCUUUCUUUGUGCUUUUUUAUUUUGAGAGUAAAGAUGUAUAAUGCACUGUGUUGUUCUGGCCAGUGUCUAAAAGUGAAAACAUUCUUAAUAAAAUUGACUUGACAUAAAA